ACUUCAGAUCGAGAAAAAGUGGCGAAUGGCCGCACUUGUUGGCAACACUGAGUCACUCAGUUACGAAAACGUGUGCUUGCUGCUUGUAUUAUGUUGUACUUGAGCUGCUUGAGCCAGCUUGAGCCCUUGAGCUACUUGACCACUUGACUGCGAUGUUGAGAUAAAUGUUGGAAUGGUGUAACGUUGGGGACUUCCUGAAGUACGUAUGAUUCAAUGCUCCUCUACACAAUUCGUCGAAUAGCGUCGAGGUCCUCAUCAUACUUCCUGCUACCUUUGCGUGGCGUGACCGCAUCUGUAGGUGGCUCAGGCCUCAAGGAGUUCCUGAAUCACGCCGAUAUGCCACAUUCCAAGCCCCCGAAUGUGCUCGUGUUCACAGGCGAGGAUCCAAGCUGUCCGCAUCCGCUCUAUAACGCAGUGAAACAGACUUUGGACAUGUGCGUCAACCCAGACACGUACACAGUGUACAUGCUUUCCGAGCGUCAGAUAAACACUACUCCGUGGCUGCAGAAUACACGAGUGCUAAUUGUUGCAUGCACGGAGCCAAGUUACACAGCCAGCCGGAUAUUUCUGGAGUAUUAUCUUCGUGGUGGUAGGCUACUGGUAGUGUCGUCAAAGAUCAGGUUUCCAGGCAUACGCUUCGAAGAACCUUUGUCUGAACUGCAGCCAGUUACAGUUCGGUGCAGAAACUUCACAAGUGCUUCCAUUAUGCAUGGCCGCAUACGGUACGGACUGGACGAUAAUGUUCGUGGCACUAGUCUUGCAGAGGAUGAUAGAGGACAGCCUGUUCUUUAUGAAGUUCGGUGCAACAGCAGCAAAGGGGUACUAAUCCUUUCACAGGUACACCUGGAGGUUGAUCCUCUAUAUUUCUCCACAUCUGAAGCCACUUUCUCCAAACUGAAACAAUCCAAUGAAGCUAGAAUAUCUAUGCUACGAUAUCUGUUGUCAACAAGAUUGAAAGUAAACUGUGAACCAAAACCUUCAUACAGUCUUACUGUGGGUCACCUUUUUGCAGCUACACAGGCUGAACUUAGCUCUCUGUUGUUGGAAAUACAGUCCCACUGCAAAAACAAUGAGAUUGUAACUGAAGGAACAACAUUCCGCUACGUGUUGACUGAUCCCAUUACAGACGUAAGAGCGACCGAAUGCUUCCUUCCUAUUUGUGCAUCACCUACAAACCAGAUGCGACAUAUUAGUUCCUUCAAUCACCAAGCGUACUUCGAUAUGCUUCAAACAACAAGUCUUGGCCGAGCUGUCCUUUUUGUAGAAAAUGCAACUACUACGAUGCAGACUAUUAAAGGGUUACAAAAUGCACAUGGCUCACUUGCAGUUGCAACACGUCAGCUACAAGGCAAAGGUCGUAGCGGGAAUGCGUGGCUUGGUCCAGCAGGUUGUGCCAUGUUCACAGUGUGUGUACACAUUUCCUUACGGUCCUUGCUUGGCAGUCGCAGCUCCUUCAUACAGCACCUGGCUGCUCUAGCUAUUACCAAGGCAGUGCGUAGUGCAAAGGGAUAUGAACUGGUCAACGUUAGGAUAAAAUGGCCAAAUGAUAUCUACUAUGGUAGCCAUUCAAAAAUUGGUGGCAUAUUGGUUUCAUCUACACUUAACAGAAAUGAAAUGUGCUGUUAUAUUGGUUGUGGCAUUAAUGUGUCAAAUAGUCAGCCAACAGUAUGCAUAAACGAUGUUGCCAAAGUGGUGGCAGAGAAUAGACACAUGCCAGCACCACAGCAGCUGCUGCCUGAAGAAGUCGUUGCAAGAACACUGAAUGAACUAGAGCUCCUCAUUGCCCAUUUCCAAAGUGGACAGAUCAGUUCUGUGUUACAAGAUUACUAUAGGUUCUGGCUUCAUAGUGGCCAAACAGUUACAUUGCAAAGCUUGGGCUGCAAGGCUGUUAUCAAAGGACUGGAUGAAUAUGGUUACCUCGUUGCCGAGAGCAUGGGGAAAGAAUACAAGCUUCAACCUGAUGGAAAUAGUUUUGAUUUGAUGAAUAACCUCAUCAUAAUGAAACCCACGUAAACAAAAACCACAUCCAGAUGUAUUGCACAAUUAACAUGCCAUGUAUGCAGAAUUCGCUAUUAUAGCAGAGCAAUACCUAAUAAAAAAUGGCAGCCCCUUUACCACUCCGUGCAAACGCUUUCAAUGCAGAAUGCUUUCUAAUGGAAUCUCUACACAAUAUACAACACCUACAAUUUGUGUAUAAAAAGCUUUCUUCUACCUACAUUAUCACUCAUUAUGCACACAUGCUCUAUUAUGCCUGCAUUUAAACAUCUUCAUCACGUACACACACUAUGGUUUAUGCAUACCGAAGUAAAUGAUGAAAUUCUUGCAGCAAAGUUUUUCGAUUUUCCUCACAAAGGUGGCAUCCAAAACUGUCCCAAAUCUUGUAAUCGGCUCGUCGAUUCCACCGACUAACUCCAUGUGAUUGCAUUUAACCAAUAAGCCACUUGCAAGUAGACUGAGGAGAUCAUACAGGGUGUGAGAUGUACAUCAUCAGACCACACGGUCUGGUCAGUCUUGCAAGCAAAUGUACUAGCGUUAGAACGCAUUCUGCAUUAAAGUUCCCCCUCAUAUUUAUGGUAGGAAAAGUUUUGACCAAGCAAGGGUAUGUGCAAUUAUACGUGUCACCAAGUAGGGCCUUAUCUCUGCUCAGGAAAUUUGAGAAAACCAAUUAAUGAAAUGCUAAUAAUUGUCACUUUGUUAGUAUGCCAAAUUACAGCAAUAGUGCAUGACCUAUAACAACAUAGUGACUGUAAUAGCACCCAUAUGUGUGGCACACUCUAUGGUUGAUGCAAAAGUUUACUUGUGUGAUGUCGCCCUUUAUACACUUGAGUUAUUUUUAGAGGUGUAAUACAACCUUGAAUAUGGACACUGAACAGAUAUUUCACGAUAGUGAUGGCUGCACAUUAAUGAUGCACAUUAUUAUGGUGCACAGUCAUUAUACUAUCAGUAAGGAGUCUAGCAGAAGCCAGAGAUAUUUACUUGCCUCAUUCAACCAUAUUCAUGGGUGUACAGCACUUUUUACAAAUCCAAAGAAUAAAGGAAAAUGUAUACAUUUU